AUGGGGAGUUUGGGACAGUAUGGACGCGCCGGCCGCAAUGCAACGAUCAACAAAGUCAAUAUCGAAGUCACCGUUAAAGAAAGUCAAGCCUUUGUGUCCCGUGGUGGAGGACUCAAAGGCGACAACGCUUUGGAGAAGUUGGAACGGAUUCUUUCUGAUGGCGGACAACAAUUCGCGAACUUCUGCAUAGCAAUGGCUAUCAAGUACAGCUGUCUCGGAGUUAUAGAUCUGGUGAGGAAUACGGACACGGAACCCGUGACACUUCUUCCAAGUAGCAGGAACAAGUUCUGGCAACGAAUUGGUAGCAUUUCAUUGCAGGCUGGCACUGUAGUUCGCAAGAAGACGUGGUACAUCGAUCGUAAACUCAUAGAUCGCAUGGUAGAUGUCGAAGACCCCAAGUACCACAAGUUCAUUGCAGAGAUACUGCUGCAGAGAGGUCGUAAUGGCUUGGAUCAAGAUUCGAUGCUCGCGAAUGAUCACUACGAGGAUCCUGAAACGGUCGUCCUAUCGGGGAGUCGUGACCGGAAUAAUCAUCGACACGCGAUUGGUGUUCGCAUACACAAGACUAAGCAAGGCUGGAGCGAUGCGCAACCAUUGUGUAUCGUGGCUUGGAAAGAAGCGGUGAGAGGAGAAUGUUUUCGAGAGGAGUGGAAAGCUUGA